UUCCAAAACGAAUCGUUUCAGCUACGAUCAGUCACAAUAAAAUAACAGGAAACUGAGUAUGGCUAGUUUGGAGAGAGCACCGCAACUCGCCGAAACAGCAUCAACAUCUUCACUGCCGGAACCAAAAAGAAAAUUGCAGGCCACUAGACGUCGCGGGUCAACGGCCAAAGAGCAGCAGGUCCUGUGUCCGGGUUGUUGCGUCGAACCUCCAACAGUCAAGUUGGUCUGCCGUUCCAAUUGCUGGGAGUCCCUUCAACAUAUCGCCUAUAACACAAAACAAGAAGACGUCGAAUCGCAUAAUCUCUACCAGAAACGAUCAGUGCAAAAAAAACCUCAAAGGAGCCUGAAUGGAGGAAAGGGCCCCAAACUACUGACUCCAGUGAUUCAGAUAUAGUGAAGCUACAAGAUUCUACUGAUGAGGUGGUCAGAAUGCGUUCUGAAUCAGGAAGUGUAGAUUCAGAAUUCAUGUUCUGUGGCCCAAAAUUUUCCUGUGUACAACAUAUACAGCGCGAAAUGUGAAACGAUGAAAAGAGUUCUGUU